UGUAAUUUUACUCUUGAUUAUUCAGUUACAAUGUACUUGCCAUUGACAUGGGAGAAUUUUGAGACUUGAUGCACGAGCUUCAAAACUAUACUAAAUUUUAUCUCCCGGUGUUUUCCAAUUAGGGAAAACUUACAUCAGUUUUGUCAAGAUCGAGACUCCUAGCUGCUUCGAGACACCUGAUAAAGUAAAUUCAAGGAGUAAUAUUUAACAAUAUGGCAGUUACUUGGUCUGGAAGAUGGAAUCAUGUGAGAAAAGUAACAGAGAGAACUGGACCUUUUGCUCAUCCAGAUUUUGAGCCAAGCACUGAGACAUUACAGUUUUUACAAGAAGUUUGUCAUAUUCUAGUAAUUGGUGCUGGAGGAUUAGGAUGUGAAUUAUUAAAGGAUUUGGCAUUAUUAGGAAUACGUAAUAUAGAUGUUAUAGACAUGGACACUAUUGAUGUAUCUAAUUUAAACAGACAAUUUCUCUUCAGACCAAAAGAUGUUGGAAAAACAAAAGCUGAAACAGCUGCUAAUUUUAUAAACCAGAGAAUACCUGGAUGUAAUGUAACAGCUCAUUUUGCAAAAAUUCAAGAUUUUGAUGCUUCCUUUUAUAGAAAAUUUCAUAUAAUAGUAUGUGGAUUAGAUUCAAUAAUUGCUCGACGGUGGAUAAAUGGAAUGCUAAUAAGUAUGUUAAACUACGAAGAUGGUGAAUUAGAUCAGUCCAGUAUAAUACCUAUGGUUGAUGGAGGUACAGAAGGUUUUAAAGGCAAUGCUAGAGUUAUCUUACCUGGUAUGACAGCUUGUGUUGAUUGCACAUUAGAUCUUUAUCCUCCACAGGUUAAUUUUCCUUUAUGUACUAUAGCCCAUACACCCAGACUACCAGAACACUGUAUAGAAUAUGUUCGUAUAUUGUUAUGGCCUAAAGAAGAACCGUUUGGAGCUGGUGUAGCUAUUGAUGGAGAUGAUCCUGCUCACGUUAGCUGGAUUCUAGAAAAAUCGCAAGAAAGAGCGAAUGAAUAUAAUAUUAGUGGUAUAACUUAUAGAUUAACUCAAGGUGUUGUUAAAAGAAUCAUACCGGCUGUAGCAUCAACAAAUGCUGUUAUUGCAGCUGCCUGCGCUACAGAAGUAUUUAAAUUAGCUACAAGUUGUUGUCAACCUCUCAAUAAUUAUAUGAACUUUACUGAUAUAGAAGGUGUUUAUACUUAUACAUUUGAAGCAGAAAAAAAAGAGGAUUGUGUUGCUUGCAGUCAAAAACCUCAAAAGAUAUCAUUUUGUGAAAGUGAUAAACUUCAAGAUAUACUUACAUAUUUAUUAGAAAGUACAACUUAUCAGAUGAAAUCACCAAGUAUUACAACUGCUAUUAACGGUAAAAAUAGAACAUUAUAUAUGCAGUCUGUGAAAUCUAUAGAAGAAAAAACACGAGCUAAUCUUAAGAAGUCAUUGGCAGAAUUGGAAUUGUGUAGUGGACAAGAAUUAUAUGUAGCUGACCCUACAACACCUUCGUCACUAACUUUUAUACUUCAAAUGGGAACAAAGAUGGAAUGAGUAUUUCAGACUGGAAUGGCAAUAAUCUGAAUACUAAUAAUUGACCUUUGUUAGUUUCUUAAUUUAAGAUUAUAACUAGUAAAAAAAUCAUGCUUGGUUGUCUUCAAAAAAAAAUAUGUUAUGGGGGCAAUUGCGUUCAAAAAAAUAUUACGAACAUAUGAAAUAUGUGAAAGUUUCACAUUUCACGAUAUUUGACUACAUGAAUAUACUCCUGCUUCAGACUCGCAUUCCGUCUUCCUUAGCCCGGUUUGUGCAGAAAAGUAGGAUGUUAAACCCCAUUUUAUUCAUUAAUUCAGCCUUACAUAAGUUACAUUAGAUUAUAUUUAUUAGUAGGCCCUAUGUGGGAUUGUAUGAUUUUAUAUGCGCCCACAUGGAAAUGUGGUCAUAUAUUGCCGUCGCCCCUGUCCGUACGUCGUCCACAAUUUCUUGUGAACACUCUACAGACUACAUUUAUCAUCUGAUUGUUUUAAAUAGGUAAAUGUUGUUUACAUUAGUGAGAUGAGGAAACCUAUUUAAUUUCAAUAAUUUCUGUUAAUUUCUUCUGGAGUUAUGGCCCUUGUUUCACUUUGUUGACCCUUGUGAGUGCUCUAACAACAAAAGUUAUCAUCCGCUCUGUAUAGAAUUUAUAUGCAUCAUUUAAAUUAGUAAAACGAAGAAGCCUAUUAAAUUUCAGCAUUUUCCGUUAAUUACGUCUAGAGAUAUCACCCUUGUUUAACUUUGUUGAACCUUGUGAACAUUCUAAUGACGAAAGUUAUCAUUUGAUAUGUACAAAUUUUAUAUGCAGCAUUUAAAUUAGUGAAACGAAGAAUCCUAUUGAAUUUCAAUAAUUUACAAUAAUUACUUGUAGAGUUAUGGCCCUUGUUGAACCUUGUGAACACUUGAACGAUGGAAGUUAUCAUCGGAUCUGUAUGAAAUUUAUAUGCAUUAUUUAAAUUAGUGAAAUGAAGAAUCCUAUUGAAUUUCUGUCAAUUACUUCUAAAUUUAUGGCCCUUGUUUUACUUUGUUGAACUUGUGAACGUACAAAUGACAAAAGUUAUAAUCCGAUCUGUAUGAAAUUUAUAUGCAUUAUUUGAAUUAGUAAAACGAAAAAGCUGGUUGAAUUUCAAUAAUUUCUGUAAAUUACUUCCAGAGUUAAGGCCCUUGUUUCAGUUUGUAGAACCUUGUGAACCCUCAACGACGAGAAUUAUAAUCUGAUCUGCAUGAAUUUGUCUUGUAAAUAAAUGCCCCCAAUUAUCUACAAAAGAAUAAAUGUGCGACAACCCUUUUCGACAACUCAGACGAUUUUUAGCUGUUGUGGGCAUGUUUCUUUGCCUGGCAACCUAUCUUAAUUCUUGGGUACAGGAGUACUAAGUAAGUGAAUUAAAAUGGAAUCUAGUGAAACAUGACAAUGUAAUUAAUACAGUAUACGUUGCUUUUAGUUUUAUGCUGGGUAAGUUUUCUACCUAUCUAAAUUUAUAAUUGUAUUUAUUUGUCAUUUAUGUGCACACAAUUCACAUUGUGAGAUGGGAGUAGUUGCUCCUUUAACUGACAUCAUAUACCUCCAUUCACAAGGCUUUCUGGCAGGUAUAUUUUCAUUGGACGAACCUAUACUAUGUUUAAUAAUCAGUAUCUGUAAUGUUUGAUAUGCAAUGAGCCCUUAAAAUAUAUUCUGAUGUUUGGACAUCGUAGUACAUGCAUAAUUACGGUUAUCUGUAUUUUUUUGUCCAUAUGUAUUGGGUUUCAACUGUGUAACUUUACAUGGAUUAAGAAUUAUAAUUGUUUUAUUAAGAAUCUUUAUAAAGAUCACAUAAUUGUUUUGUCUUUUUUGUCCUAUGUUGUAUAUUUUUUAUAAUAAAAAAAACUAAUAUUUAAUUA